AUGCAUGAUGAACAUGGAGAAAAUGAAGAUCCUUACGGAAGUGCUCGCAAUAUCCGACACCCACCUCACAUUUCUCACGAAUCGUGGAAACGCUUUGCAGAACCAGAAUAUAAUUGCUAUGAUUACGACAAGCCAAGAUAUGAGGAGAAUAGCGCCAACUUUACGGCAAACAGUGAGACUGCGGAUGUGACAAAUGAAAAUGCUCGAUUGAAUGAAGCUUCCAAAGGUUUUUUGGAACAAUAUCACCAGUCUAUGGAUCGACGACAUUCUCGUCGAACGCGUAAGCGCCCACUUAGUAAAAUGCAACGGGAUGGAGCACCACCACCGACUAUUUACCGGCACCGGAUCCCGUAUCUUUAUGACUAUAUGGUUGGUGAUGAAAACAAUGACUGGAUGACUGAAGAUGAAGAAAUGGAUGGUGGCUAUGGGUAUCCUCUACACUUUCGCCCCAUAGAGGUCCCAGUUGUACGUCGGGGACGACGCUUUGAAAGUACAAAUGCACAACGAUGGAGUAGUCCUGCUGGGCGUGGGCCCCAACAAAUGUACAAACGACGUCAAGAAUCACAAGAAGACCUAGCACUCCAUAGUGAGAUGACGGAUGACAUAAUGUUUGAAACGCGUCAUCGCGAGCACGUUUCCUCUCCGCCUCCCAAUAUUCGUACGGUACUUGUGGAUUCGCUUGACAAAGUUGCAGAUAACGCUGGCGAUGGUGCUUUUUCAGACCACACGGACACUUUUGCAGGAAAUCUAGGAAUCGUCGAUGAGGGACCAACACCGUCAAGUUUGAGUGUGGCUCACACUGACAAUGCUUGUCAGGAAUUUAGACAAAAUGAUAGUGUUAUGAACGAGGUUCCUUCGCAACUUGCUGUUGACGAGCUUGCCGCCUUCAACGUAAUCAAAGAAGCAGAAAGUUUGACCAGAGAGAUGCUAUCAGAGAAAGAAGAUGAAAGCGCAAAUGAACAAAACUUUCAAUUGACAAGCGACAACGCCACGGCAGACGAGCAUCCAGUCGAACAUAUAUUACAAAGUGAGGUCGUGCCGCUGGAUUCGAACGCAUCGAUCCAAGAAACGAUUGCCUUCAUGUCGCCGCAAAGAUCGGAUGCACCAACAAAUAUCCCGACAAGGGAAAGCUGUGUUGCAAGCUCUCCAUCAUAUGUCGUGAAGGAUACCGACCACAACACCCCUGGUAGUGCGAUGAACGCUAUGGAAUUAUCUGCAGAAAGCAGUGAAGAAAACCAAGCAGUGUCUGUUGACCCUGAAGUUCCGCUCGAAAAGGAGUCGCCCGUUCCAGUACCAGUAGUAUCUGAAUAUAGUGUGCUAUACGACUGCAGUUUGAACAAAGAGAAGCCCACUGUGUCGACCGUUGAUAGUAUCGUCACCGAUACUGUUCGAACUAACAAUCAUGCCAUUGCAUCGUUAGAGCGACUGAACGAGGUGGAAGCCGAUUACAAGAGUGCGAAGACUUUGCUUUUGAUACAGGAAGAUAAAUUGCGUCAAGUGAAAAGCAGCAGUAAAAGUUGUCGAAGGAUGGAAAUUCUUUGCGGCAUUGCUUAUGAUCUACAGUGGCAUGUUCGUUCUCCUUCGUGCGGCUUGAACGAAUCUCGAAAACAAGAGCUGUUGGGUAAGCUUGGCACCUACCUUGAAGCUAUAUUGAUACGAAAGGAGCAGACACUGCAAGAAAGAGCUGACGCGUUGCAAGCUGGCUUAGAGCAUUUUCUAGCUGUGGACAUACCUAUUGUCGAUAACCAAGUUGCCGAAAAGAAGACAGAAGCUGUUAAGCUUAACAGCAUUUCGAAUAGCAACAAUAUGCCAUUAAUCCAGACUGAUAUGCACGACGACCGACCUGGUGAUGGAAAUGAUAGAGUGUGGGAGGACGAUGAUUGGUUUGAAGAAGGAGCAUUUGAUGACCCGGCAAGUGAAUCAGAUGAGCAAGAAGAUGUUGUGGCGCAGAUUCCUUCUGAAAAGAGUAACUUGAAACUCGGAGGUGAUUUUCUGGCCGUAAAGAUGGAAGAAGAGGCGUCGCUUCGGUGGCCUCGCGAGCUACCGCCGUUUUUGUGGUCCCUACUAGAACGAGUAAUAUCUUCUGAUCCACAAUCGUACGUUAUGAGGGUAACACUUAAGCGAUUGCUCGAUGAAAUCGCAAAGGGGGACCCAUACUAUUACCUGCACCCGACGAAUGCGUCUAAGAAUGCGAAUGUAUCUUCGCCGUUGCACUCGUCGCCCUCGCCAGGCUGUGAAUUCGGAUGCCGGGGCGCGUCAGCUUUGAAGUGGGAGCGAAAACUCGUGUCACAAAUCAGCUCGCGGAUGAAGUCCUUUGAUAACGUAGCGUAUUCGCUAGCCCGUAGUAGCGGAGGCAAAGAAGUCCUUAACCGCAAGAAGAUGAACUCGAUAAUCCGCAAAUUGCAUCUUGUUGCGAUGCAGCUGCACUCACUGGUAUCACACCUGUAUUGCGUGAAGGGCCACGUGACAUGCAAAGAGGUUGAUUCACUGCCAGUGGCGCUGAAUAAUUCCCAUUUUGAGCGCAAGAUGGGUGUAUACAAGUCAAGGCUAAAGCUUGUGGUUCCGCAUAAGUAUCAGCAGCAGACUCAACAAGAGCAACACAGUUCAAAUGAACCUGGCGAAGAGAUUUUACGGGACACGUACGAGUUCUUUCCCGAGCUGCUCCUCUGUAUUGAUAUCUGGGGAUAUAAUUAUCGAGAAAGCCUAGGAAAGCAGCACAACAACAAUUUGAUCAGUGGUAAACUUGCUGGCUCGGAAGCAAUCUCGGAGACUGCGCUGUUUCCACUCCGUUAUUUCCGUAAAGUGGAAAGUCUGGCGUUUGACUUUGAGAAUGACAGCAAUGAUCUGCUUCAUUGCGUCUGUGACGAGCUCCUUAACAUCGUGUGUUUGUGGAACGAUUUUAAGUGGACCGAUAAUCUUGAGGCUGUGGCAUUAGAUCGGGUGUUGUCUUUUGAGGCGGAUGUGACUGCUAGUAUCCUCAAGAUUCUUGAGCUUUAUGCUCACCACCUGCAGGCAUUAUGGUCACCAAAGGAGCUUGAAUACGACUGCUCGCUCUCAGUCACGAAUACCAGGGGUGUCAGAGAAUCGUGGGGAUGGUCCUAUUUGCGACUCGAAAACUUUGUUCAACAUGUGGCAACCGAAGCCCUGGAGCAUCGCCUUGCUGAGGAGUAUUGGAAUCGAAAAGUCACCGCACUUUCUAAUCGGAACCCAGGCGAUGACGAGAUGAAAGUGGGUUCCGACUUCAAACUUCAAUUACUGAGUGAUGAAGCCAUUUGCUCGUGGGACCAACAUACUUUGAUAUCAUAUUUACUACGGUGGAGCGACGUGUAUGCUAUUCGCACGGAAGUGAACGCGCUCUCAGUUGUUACAAACCAUAUGAUGAAGCACGAGGUCCAGAAGUUUAGGUUCAUGGGUCGUGAUGACACUAACGUGACUAGUGGCAGUUAUGUGAACAAGACGAUGGUUGAUUCAUCGACAAGGCGGCUUCUUGCUGCUGUAGGUCGUGCGCAAAUGCUGAUCCAGGAUGCUGUAAUUGGUUCCGAGAAACUUGCGCUACAUUCUGCAUCAAACCAGCUUCCUAACGAGAAAAAGCAACUGAAGCCGUUAGAUUUCAAAGGCAGAACAGGAAAUAAAACAAGCUCUUCCAGCAGGGAAGCUGCACCAUCUUGCCCAAAUUCGACUUGCAUAAAUGACGCAGGUGCUCACUCGGAUGAUGCUGUUUCGGAGACCGUUUUUCAUGCUGAAGCCAUUGCGUCGAAAGAUGCAGACAGCUACGACGCUAUUGAAGACGUAAACAUUGACAUUGGUAUGACUGGAGAACAACCUGAAGUAAAUGAUCUGAUUCAAUUAUUGGUUGUCACGAAACAAGACAUGCAGGAGCUUUGCGGCCACAGACCGCGGUCAGCUCGCAUGCGUGAGAAAGUUCAGAUGCAAUCACUGCAGCUUGCGCGGCAAACGGUCGAGAUUUUCCGGAAUAUUAGGAACAUGUAUGGUUCCCAGCGGCGAUAA